GAUGUUAAAAAAAUCCAUUGAAUGAGUAAAAUGCAUGUUUUAUUUUAUUACUUGGCAUGAUAAAAAUUGCAUGUUUUAUUUCCAGUAUAAAUAUGUCACAUACUCCUCUCUUUAACACAAUAUUAAAUUAUAUACUUAUAUUAUUAUAUUACAAUGAAAGAGCCAAGAAAAAUGAUAAAUGAAUAUUUUGCAUAACCAAUUCAAUUUCACUGAUUAGUUUGAAAAUAUGCACUUAAUUUGAAAAUUAAUAAAUCUAUCAAGAGGGUAGGGAAUUAUGCUCAAAUAUGAUUUAUGAUAAUUUUUGUACUUGUUUUAUUAUGUAGUUACCUUUAGGGAUCUUGGCCAAGAAUGAAAACAAAAUGAAUGACAUGAUCGAGAUACUCAGUCAUCUACAAAAAUAUGUCCCAAAUGCAAGAACUUUAGAGGAAUUAGACAAUGUGGAUGUGCGGUAAACAUGCAUAGAAAGAUAUAAGCAAUUUUAGAGAUAAUGAAUCGGACACAUUUGUUUGUUGCUGUUCUUUUAUUAUGUACCAGUAUUUAUUGAAAAAACUGUGUUUAGUUGUGUAUUUUAUAAAUUAGGGAUGACACAAGUGCUGAAAUGCGACAAAUACCUGUAGGAGGUGAUCAGUUAACAUGUGAAAGAAUUCGAGGAGCUCAUAUGGCACGAUUUGAUGGAGAUACACCAGAAGAGAGACUGGAGGGCUUGUUUUGCAUGGUGGAAGAUUUUCAUGAAAAAAUGAAUUUCUUACAGGUAAUUUUUAUGCCAUUUCAGAAUAUACCGUCUGUUGCAUUUUUGUUGUGUUUUUUUUUGUGGAAAUGAAAAUUAGCUUUCUAAAUUCAAAUAUAUAAUAAAAACAAUCUUUGGCCCACAAGCUGAUAUUGGAGUCUUGGGUUGAUAUGGGAUGUGUUAUAGAUUUUGUGAAUUUAAACUUAUGAUGAAAAAGUCUACAUUUCUAAAUAAAAAAAAAAUACAAACUAAGACACACUAGAACUUUUUCAAAUUGACAUUAACAAAGUGAAUUAUAAAUUUUUCAGAAAAUCUUUAAUAUGUAGUUUGCUUCAUUUACUUAGUUGCUUAUGGACAAAUACUUCAAGCCUGAAAGUUGCCGGGAACAAGGGACUCUAUACCAAUUGAAGAAUCUUGUAAAUCGCAGAAAUGUCUCGAAAAACGUUUCCUCAAACUAUCAUGCUGCUAGUGAGUUUAUUGAUUUAGUUACAGACUGUCAUGUGAUUGCUGCAUGUUUAGAAUACUGUGGCAUGGGAAAUUUAGAGAGCCAAUGCAAGAAAAUACCAACUGCAUUACAUCUAGCAGAUUCCACGGUAAAAAGAAGAGUACUACGUCAUUUGGUUGGAGAAAUAGUGGAUACUUUUUUUCUGAAUGCAAUAACAAUCAAUGUUGACAGAAUAGAAGAUCCAGCAUCAGAUAUGGAUGUAGCACCCAUCGCACAAGAUGAUGCAGUUUACAACUAUGCAACCAAUUUUACAAAAUUGGGGCUGCUACGAAAGGUUGCUGUUAAUGCCACUAGAUAUGGUGAUGGAAAUAGAAUGCUGCGGCACUGGAAGUAUGCCAUGUUAGUCUACCACCAGGGCCACAAAAUUAAAUACCGCUUAGAAAGUUUCCUGCUGCUGGCUGGAGUGAACGCACUACUCACCCCAAGACAAAAACAUCAGGUCAUCCAUAAUAGGUUUAUCAACCUACGAGGAGGUGAGGGCCACAACCUUGAUGGUGAUUAUGUCAUGGAACUUUUAAACAGGUACGCAAAAUCUAGAAUAAAGUUGCUUGGACCAAACCACAAUGAGACUUGUGUAGAACGCAUUGGCAAAACAAUGAUGUUUUGCCAUGAAAUCCAAGACAAACUUGAGCAACAAAUUAGCGUUGCACCGCUAUCCAGAAAACACACUCCUCAAAGCCUACAUCAUGAUAGGAAUACCAUCAUUCAGCAAUUAAAAAAUUCCUGUGUUUUUCAACUCAUUCCAGGCAGAUCUCACCAAACCUUUUCUAUGGAAAAUGUAGAUAUUUUUAGUAAUGUAGAUGUACAGGAAGUUCAUAAGUGGCUAAAUCAAAAGAAAAGGGAGUAUUCUUUUGGAAAAAAUGCAUUUUGA